AUGGCGGGCAGCCCGCCGGUGCUGCUGGGGUUGCGCGAUGCCGCCAUGCCGGGACCGGGCCGGAGAGGCGGGCAGGCCCCCGCCUGGGCCACCAACAAACUGGGCGGCUCCGCGGACCGGCUGCCCUCCGUGCGGCCCGGAUCUCCCUGCUGCGGGCUCUGCGGGAAGCCGCUGGCGCACCUGGUGCAGGUGUACUGCCCGCUGGAGGGGUCCCCCUUCCACCGCCUCCUCAACGUCUUCGCCUGUGCCGAGAGGGGCUGCUGGGGAGCUCCCCGCGGCUGGAAGGUGCUGCGCUCCCAGUAUUUGCAGGCGCAAGAACAGGAACCCGAAGAUUUCAGUGUGAAACAGAAACAAGAAUCAAGCUUUGCUGCAAAGGAUUGGUGUGAUGAAGCAGAUGACUGGGGGGCCAGUGAUGGAGCAGAAUCUCCUGCAUGUGCCUCUCUUCAGCUGCUUGGCUUAAAUGAAGCAGUGAGCAGCUCCUUGUCCAGAGAGAUAGAGUGUGCAUCCCAGUUCCAACAGCUUAAUUUGUCUGAAGCCACAGAUGGGUCAGGUUCCCUGAACACUCAUCCUCCAGUCAGUGAGGGAAUGGAAAUGUCUAGUCCAGCUCCUGUGUUCCAGCCCUUUUACAUUAGUGUUGUGGAUGAGGAAGACUACACUGGUUUCCUUGAUACAGAUCAUGCAGAUAAACUAUUGAAGGAAUAUCAGCAGAGAGAGGGUGUUGAUUUGGAACAGUUAAUGUCAGAAAGGUUUGCAGGUGAAGGUGACAAUGAAAAAUAUGAGAAGAGUGAAGUAAAAAGCAUGGACCACACUUUCCAUAAGUUUAUGAAAAGAAUAUCUCUUUGUCAUGAGCAGAUUCUAAGAUACUCUUGGGGUGGCCAGCCUUUAUUCAUAACAUGUCCCCCAGCCAACAUUAACAAAGGUAUUCCAGCCUGCAGUAACUGUGGAAGCAACAGAAUAUUUGAAUUUCAACUCAUGCCAGCACUGGUCAGCAUGCUCCAGAGUGAUUCAGAUCUGUCAGUGGAAUUUGGAACUGUUAUAGUUUACACAUGUGAGAGGAGCUGUUGGCCAACAGAUUUCAACGCUCAUCAGAACCCACUUGAAGAAUUUAUUUUUGUACAAGAAGACCCAGACCAGAGAUUAUUUAAAUAAAUUGUGUUUCUCUGCAUAGAA